AUGAAUGAACGACCACAGGAGGAAAGACAAAUCGCAAAGUCGAUGGCAAUGAAUAGUGAUACUCACCAAAUUAUCACGAGUGUCCCUCAUAUUGUCAACCAGCCUAAGCCUUCUCAAGCUACCUCCGGUUCCAGUGACAUUAAGUCUAUCGAUAUUUCUUCAGAUUCUGAUGAGGAACCUAAAGAAGAUAAAGAGGUAGAGAACAGAUCUGCCAGACAAAGCACAGCCGAGGAAGUGAUCACAGUUUCAUCUUAUCCGAAACGAAAUCGUCCAUCGGUCAAUUACGAUGAAGCCAUCUGGAGCAUCAAUGUACCCAGUCCAAAGCGAACUAAGCUAGCGCCUACGCUGUCAAUCCCAAAACUGCGUGGUGUUAUUGUUGGUACUUGGAAAGACUCAGAGCAACUUGACGAUCGCGACAAACAUAUCGUGCAUGGAUUUAUCGAUGAUGGAGAACGACUUCGGUUUAGAAUAUAUGGAACAAAUCGUCAACACACCAAGUCUCUGGCCAUUCCUCCCGGAGCCUACGGUUGCUGGGUCAAAUUUCAAAACAUCGCCUUUGAUCCCUAUCUAAGUACAAAGACUCCUGAACAGGUCAAAGACUACGUCAUUUCCAAAUCACAAGAGAACCAAAAACAAUCAGAUAGGCUUCCACGAGAAUCCAGAGACGUUGACCAUGAUAUUUCGACCAGAGUCAAUGAUAUUCAAUCAUCGCCUAAACCUGAAAUUCUCCUUGGAUUCUGGGCGGACUCAAACCAAGUGGAUGCCAAAGACAAACACGCAGUAUUUGGUACUGUUGUCGUCAACAGCAACCAUAAAUUCAGAUUCAUGAUCCGAAAAUCUACUCGUGAUGGACGUUUUGUGUCGGGUAAUUUUCCGGUAGGCGCUGGGAACUAUCAGGUCCAAUACGAAAAGAUUGUGCUCGAGGAGUAUUUGUCUAAUCUGAAGCGCUCGGAAGUUGAGCAGUAUAUUCUCAUUCGCCAAAGAGAAAUACUAGAAGGUGGCGAUCGUGGUUCACGCAGCCAGCAACUCAACGCAGUCAAAUUAGCCAAGGCUGCCGUAGCAUCACAAAAUCCGUCAAAUCCAAGUCCCUCUGGCCACAAUGUCUCUAAUCCCGAUCCCGCGACUGAACAAUCUCUCAAACGCAAAGAGACAUCGAGAAUAAAGACAGCAGAUAGAAAUCAGCCGCUGGAUCUGCAAGGAUCAAAUGAUAAGUCUGCCGACGUCACCAUGGGGGAGCAAUCUGCUCCCCAAAGAAAAUUGUCGGCUGAGCGACAACUUGUCAAGUCGAUGAAGAAAUUAAACAAAACAUGGGAAGCUCAACGGGAAGCUCAACAGGAAGCGAGGACUCAACAGCCAGUCACCUCACCACGUCCAGAGCCUACUGCAAGCGGCAGCUCUUUGACCAACGAUAAUGUCAAGAUACACGAUGGCAUCAAAUACACGAGAAGACAGAAUGGUAUAUUCGAGGGGAAACAUGUUGGACCCCCGCAGCUUUUGAACAUCGAUGGAGAAGAUUACGUCGAGUAUCGGGUGUUGACAAAAGCAACUACUUUUUGA